AUGGGGCUGCUGGUUUCGCCCGCUUGGCCUCAGUCCUUUUGUGCCCAGGGCUCAAGCCCAGUUUUUCUGGGAGUAAGCGCGCCCCGCGUGGAGCGGAGACAGGGAGAUCGCAGCGCCCGCAGAGGGCACGUCAGCCCCCGGAAGCGGCCGCAGGGCGCAGGCGCGCGGGGCCACCGUUCGCAGCCGCGCCCGGGUGCUGGGUGCUCGCCACCGUUCGCGGCCCGGCCUGGGUGCUGGGUGCCGGCCACCAGCAGGCCAGGCUCCGAGAUGGCCUCCCAGCCGCCGUGCGCCCCCUGCUCCCCAGAAUGCCUGGACGAGGACGGGAAGACAGUGUCCCAGCUGCGUAGCGUGCAGCUGCCCUCGGUCCUCUCCAGCGACCUUGAGCAACUGUUCCAUAAACUGCCCGACGUGGCUCUGAUCAGGGCCUAUGGCCGCUUCAGGCUGUCGACGUUGGAGGCACACCAGGACCCGCUGCUGGCUCCCUUUGACCCCCUGGAGGUCAGCAAGGACUCACCACCACCCCAGGAGCACCCGAAGCCUGAGAAGAAGUUCUGGGGCGACCAGGAAACCCUCUCCAAGAUCCCAUUUAAAGUUCUGAGGGGACAUGAGGACCUUGUGAGCUCCUGUAACUUCUGUGUGGGUGACACGAAGCUCCUCAGUGGCUCUUAUGACUGCACUCUAAAGCUGUGGGAUGCUGUGGAUGGCUCAAUCAUUCGGGAUUUUGAGGAGAGGCCCAAAGCUCCUGUUUUAGAGUGCAGCGUGACGGCUGACAGCAGAAGAAUUAUCACAGCGUCCUAUGACAAAGCGGUGAGGGCUUGGGACCUGGAGACAGGCAAGCUGCUGUGGAAGAUCAAUCACGAAACCUUCAUAGCCUCCUGUAAGGUUUCUCCUGAUGGCAAAUAUGUGGUCUCGGCCUUGGAUGUGGACCGCGCGAUCUGUAUAACAGACGCAGAAAAUGCCACCACCGUGUCGCACGUCAAAAAUCAUCACAACCGGUCCCUCACAGCGUGCUGCUUUGACCCCGACAGCCAGAAGGUGGCUUCCGUCUCGCUGGACAAAAGCAUCAAGAUCUGGGAUAUUACAUCCCAGGCCACGCUGCUCACCAUCACCAAGGCGCAUUCCAGUGCAAUCUCAAACUGCUGUUUUACCUUCAGUGGCCAUUUCCUGUGUACAAGCUCUUGGGAUAAAACCUUAAAAAUAUGGAACGUCCAUACAGGGGAGUUUCGGAACUGUGGAGCCUGUGUGACUCUGAUGAAGGGCCAUGAAGGUUCUGUGAGCUCCUGCCACUUUUCCAGAGACACCUCUUUUCUCGUGUCUGGAGGGUUCGACAGGACUGUGGCUAUCUGGGAUGUAGGAGAAGGCUACCGAAAGCUCUCCUUGAAGGGCCACAGUGACUGGGUGACAGACGUUGCCAUUAGCAACAACAAGAAAUGGGUCCUGUCUGCUUCAAAGGACAAAACCAUGAGACUAUGGAAUAUUGAAGAAAUUGACCAAAUUCCUUUGGUAAUCGAGUACAAAAAUGCCCUGGGCUUAAAGGUGAAACAGUGUGAAGUAUGUGACAGGCCUUUCUCCAACUACGAAAGUGACAUCUUUUCUGAAACAGUCACCCAAUGUGUGUUCUGCCGGAUGGAUGCCAAAGACUCGUCAACAGAGGCCUCAUCAUUAUCAGGAGGGGAAGACUCACUGUCACAGGAGGGCAGCCUGGGCACAGAUGACUGA